AAAAGGACUGAUCGAGCUUGGCGGACAGGGCAGAAGAAGAUGCUCGAACUACGAAACUUUGUUUGGAAUACAUUUGAGCGGCUACAGAAUCCCGCUGACUGCAAGUCGGCACGGAAGCUCCGUUGCAGUGUGAACAACCAAUGGGGCUUCGGUAGCGGUGCCCAUGACUUUCUCUGGUGCUUCGUGGCAGCCUUGCAGAUGGGUCGCACGCUUAUCCUCGACACCUCCAAGUGGCACUACACCUUGAGUCGCAACUGGUCGGCUUUUUUCCAGCCGGUUACUGGGCCUUCUUGUGAUGGUGUCCACAUAGACAAGGAGACCAUCAUAUUCAAUCCAGGACAUAGAUCUCGCAACGAGACUCGCCGCAGAAUUCUCGACUUGCCUGCGUCCAUCGUAAGGACCUUGGUGGCAAACCACGCGGAGCCCUACGCGUGGUGGUAUGGGCUGAUCAUGGGUUACAUUUUGCGCCUUCAGAAUUCCACACAGCAGAAAAUCAAGAACUUUAAGGAGAAGGUUGGAUACAAGCACCCUAUUGUUUCACUGCACAUACGGCGCACGGACAAGAACAUAGAGGCCGCAUACCAUAACAUCAGCGAAUACAUGCAUCACGCUGAAGAAUUCUACAGCGCUCUGGAGCUUCGCGGGGAGACGGUGGAAAAGCGAGUUUUCGUCGCCACCGAUGAGCCUGGCGUCAUCGAUGAGAUAAAAUUCAGGUUUCCCAGUUUUGUCAUCAUUGCAAACAAAGUCGCAUCGACUGAGGCUUCGUGGGUGGAUACCAGAGACGGGAUCAGCGCCCUGGAAAACAUCAUCAUUGACCUUAAUCUACUGGCUGAGUCGGACUGCCUCGUUUGUACUUUUUCUUCUGGGUUCUGCCGUGUCGCAUACGAACUGAUGCAAGCAAGACACGCAAAAACUGGAGUCGACGCCACGCGCAAGGCGGUGUCAAUCGACGUCGAGUACUUUUAUGCCUCCGUCUCUUUUCCGGCUCGCCGAACUCUCUACGAGAACAGCGCGGUCAUCGGCAACGAAAUGAACUGGACGCACCCUGGUAUUCUUUUAGAGAGAAAGCACGACCUUGAUCCACACCACGAGGCAAUAGAUAAGAAGUACGCGGAUGGCUUCAACAUACUUCUCACUGAGGGACCCGAAAAGGCAGUGAAAACGAUGGUGUAUCCGCGAUUCAAGACUCUACAGACAUACUCAGUAGCCUGCUACGCCGCUUUCAACGACACUAAAGAAGCAAUCGCGUAUUCGAAAGCAUCUGUCCUAUAAAUGCAAGCGAAUAUUCAGAAGCUCAUCCGCGUUUUCUGUGAACACGAAAAAACUAGCCUUUAUGAAAGUUCCCAAAAUACAUUGACAUUUCGUUGCUGCCGUUUCAUUGGUACGGAGCUGUAUGCCAAUUAAUAUUUUAGACAAAGAUUCCUACAUUCGAAAAUAAUAAAUACUAUUCUUUGAAGACUCGAAAUUCGCAUC